ACAAGCCCUACAGAACGGCUGAAGACGGUUGCCUGGUGUCAUUAGCAAGCGGCAAGUAUGGCGGUGGCGCGAGCCGACGGAGCUCUGGCUCCGGGAGAAGGAUUAGUGGUGAACUGGUCAGGGCAGGGACUACAGAAAUUAGGUCCCAAUUUGCCCUGUGAAGCUGAUGUUCACACAUUGAUUCUGGAUAAAAAUCAGAUUAUUAAACUGGAAAAUCUAGAAAAAUGCAAACAGUUAAUACAGCUCUCAGUGGCUAAUAACCGGCUGGUUCGGAUGAUGGGUGUGGCCAAACUAACUCAACUCCGGGUAUUAAAUUUACCUCAUAAUAGUAUUGGGUGCAUGGAAGGGCUGAAGGACCUAGUCCAUCUGGAAUGGCUGAACUUAGCAGGAAAUAAUCUGAAGACCAUGGAGCAAAUAAGUAGCUGUGCAGCUCUGCAACACCUUGAUUUGUCAGACAAUAACAUACCCCAGAUAGGUGAUCUAUCGAAGUUGGUAUCUUUGAAGACCUUGCUUUUACAUGGAAACAUCAUUACCUCUCUUCGAAUGGCUCCUACUUAUCUACCCAGAAGUCUCUCUAUAUUGUCUUUGGCAGAAAAUGAAAUCCGAGACUUAAAUGAGAUCUCAUUUUUGGCCUCUUUAAGUGAAUUGGAGCAGUUGUCAAUUAUGAACAAUCCUUGUGUGAUGGCAACCCCAUCCAUUCCAGGGUUUGACUAUCGGCCGUACAUUGUCAGCUGGUGUUUAAAUCUCAGAGUACUAGAUGGAUAUGUGAUUUCUCAGAAGGAAAGUCUGAAGGCGGAAUGGCUCUAUAGUCAAGGCAAGGGAAGAGCAUAUCGGCCUGGCCAGCAUGUCCAGCUAGUUCAGUACCUGGCUACAGUCUGUCCUCUUAUUUCUGCACUGGGUCUUCAAACUGCAGAGGAUGCCAAACUUGAGAAGAUUCUGAGCAAACAGAGGUUUCACCAGAGGCAGCUGAUGAACCAAAGCCAAAAUGAAGAGCUGUCUCCUCUUGCUCCUGUUGAAACAAAGGUGCCCCUUUCACCUGAGUGUUCCAGCCCUGUCCAAGAGUUCCAGGAAAGCGAACCCAUCCUCCAAAUCAAUUCUUGGGUUGGGACGAGCAGUAAUGAUGAUCAAUUAUAUGCUAUUAAGAGUAACUUCCCGGCUUCUGCACACACUACAAGAUAUUCUCGGAAUGACCUUCACCUGGAAGAUAUACAGACAGAUGAGGACAAGCUAAACUGUAGUAUGCUGUCUUCAGAGUCCACUUUUAUGCCAGUUGCAUCAGGACUGUCUCCGGUGUCGCCCACUGUUGAACUGAGGCUACAGGGUAUUAACUUGGGCCUGGAAGAUGAUGACGAUGUUACAGAUGAAUCCAUGAAAGGGCUAGAAAACCAGGAUUUAGAUAAGGACAAGGAAAAGUCUUUAUGGGACACAAAAAAGAGUUCUGCUCAAAUGCUGAAAAGUAAGGUCAGUACAGGAAUAAGUGAGAAAGCUGGGCUGUUGCCUCAUGCCAAGUCAGUGAUCACCAAUGCUAUCUUGAUGGAGGAUAACCGUGGUCUUACAUCUUUUCCUGAGCCCCACAUAGAACCAAACAGUGAAGAAACCAUGUCUCCUACCACCUCAGAGAAAUUUCCCUGCAGAAUUUUUACCCAGAGACCUGUUGCUUUGAAACAAGAUAAAGUCACCCUCCAGCAACUGAAUGCAGCUGCCACUAAGCUUCAGGCCUGUUGGCGGGGCUUUUAUACCAGGAACUACAAUCCACAAGCCAAAGGGGUACGUUAUGAAAUCCGGCUGCGCAGAAUGCAGGAGCACAUUGUCUGCCUAACAGCUGAAGUAAGGAGGUUAAGAAAAGAAAGAGAUGAAGAACGUGUGAAAAAUUUUGUGCAAGAAGAGGCUGUCAGAUUCCUUUGGAACGAGGUAAGAUCUCUACAAGGUUGGCAACAGACAGUGGAACAGCGUCUAAUUUCCUGGCAGACUGAUGCUCCUCCUAUAUCAAGCACUCUGGUGUCGCCUAAACCACCAUUAUUUCCACAACGUCAGGACCCGUCUUCCGAUCAGAGUUUGGAUUGGUUCAUUGCUGAGGAUGAAGCUCCUCAAGAGAAAUCUGCGUCAGAAUUUCCAGACUCUGGGUUUCACUCUUCCCUGACGCAAGCUCGCUGUUUGCAGGAUUCUUUGGAUUUUGAAAAAAGUUCCGUAGAAAGCAGCGAAAGCUCCAUGUUGGGGAAUUCCACUGACACGGUGAGAUGCGGCAAAGACCCCGAGGCCACGACUGAGGAGCACAGUGACUGUAGUAAGGAAAGCUCGAACAACGAGCAGGACAACACCCUGCUGGAGCAGUAUUUAACCUCAGUCCAGCAGCUGGAUGAUGCUGACGAGAGGACAGAUUCUGACGAGGUGGCAGGAGACAGGAAGUGUCAUGAAGCCUGUUCUCCAGACAGGUUAGAUGCCUCUUCUGACAGUGAGACUCAUAGAGAAUCUCCUGCUUUACAGGGUGAGAUCAGCCAGACACCAGAGAGUUGUAAACUAAACGAAGAGGCUCAAGAGCAGCAGCCGGAAUGUGAUGCUGUGUUUCAGGUGUUGCCUGUAGGUGUCGCUGUGUAGCCUGGCUCAUCAAUUAGGAAGCAGAAAUUCACUUUGUUUUCAGUUGCUUCUUUCCUUUUGGAGGGGAACAAUUCUUCCUCUAUUUUGUUGUUCUUCAUAUACAACUUGUAUUCUUGUCCCAUACUUUCCAGGUAUGAGAUACUGAGCUACAUCUUCAUUUUGAUUGUACUAAUGGACUAAAUAAUAUUGACAUUAAAAGGCAUAUGCACUUUAUUUCUUAAUAAUUAUACCAGUAAUGUUUCUUUUAUAUACGUAUUUCCUUACAAAAAUAGUUUUUUGAAGAAGUUUGGUGAUUUAAAUAGGGGAAUUUAAUUUUUAAUUAUGUAGUAAGGAUUAUAAUAUGUAAGGCAUGACUAGGAUGAGGAUUAUGAACAAUUGAAUAUGCUGGGCAGUCUUGUUGUUCUAACACAUGUUUUCUCCCCUUCUGCAUUAAGGAAAGCCUUCUUAAAUAAGAAAACUUAGGGCAAAAAAGUUUAUAGUAGUGUGUGUUUAUGUGUGUGUUUGUAUGUGUGUAUAUGUGUGUUGUGACAGCUAAACCCAGAGCCUUGAGAAUGCUCUGCCACUGAGCUGUCCACCACCUAACUCUAGAUUAUAAGAUUUUUAAGUGGGGUGAUUAAAUUGCCUCAUGACAAACUUAAGCUAAUUUGUGGAUCAGUUUUGAAGUAAAGUAUUCCAUUAUAGGAUUAAAAUCAAGCUAACUUAGGCAAAAAUAUUUCUUUUGAUAUGGAGAAAGGAGACUUGAUACUUAUUCACUUGAAAUAAUGCUGCUCAAAUGUCUGUCUUUUCAUUAUUUUUUUUUAGCAUACAGUAUUUAUGUGCCAAUAUUUUGGGAAGAAAUAUAUUGUAGGAAAUCAGUAGGCAUUCAUCUUUAUGUUCUUGCUUUUAUUUCUAUAUAUACUUCACCAGAAGGGCCAAAGCUAUUCAUUUCAUUCUCUCUCUCUGACACACAAACACACACACACACACACACACACACCUACACACCUACACACACACAAAGAGAAGGCGUGGGGGAGAACCAAAUCUAGGACCUUGUGCUUGCUAGGUAAGUGCUGUAUCACUGCAGUGUAUCUCAGUCCUUAUUGCCUUCUUGACUUUUGUCUCAUAAUAAAGAACAUUUAAAUCCUUCCAUUGAUAAACUAGCUUUUUUUUUUUUUAAGAUUUUUAAAUUAAUCUCUGAAAAGUGCCACAUUGGAAGGACAAUUUAAUGGUGGUUAAGAAAAAAAUAAAACAGUCUGGGCCUGGUGCAACAUGCCAGCACUUGGGAGGCAGAAUUAGGGAGAGCUCUGAGUUCAAGGACAACCUGGUCUACAUAGUGAGUUCCAGGUCAGCUAGGGCUACAUGUGAGACCCUACCUCAAAACAAAAACACCCAACAACAAAACAAUAAAAGCAGCAGCAAAAAGAAACAACUAAAAAAAUGUUUUCAGGAAUAAUAAUGUAAUGUUUGAAUGUUGAAGGUAUAUCUGUCAAUCAAAGGUGACAUUUAGGAGCUUGGCAUUAUAUCUUUUAGAAUGUUAUGAUAUCAUUAAAUAGCACAGAUAUGAUUUUUCCAACUGCAGACAAGCACCUGUUUACAAUUCUGGCAAUACUUCUGUUCUCUAAACUUAGGUGCUAAAUAUCAUCCAUUAUUUUGUUAAAGUCAUUAGAAUCCCUUAACUAAAAGUAUAUAAAACAAAAAUUCAGGGCCUUCCUGAAUAAAAUUGAAGACCACAGGGUAUUCUUAGCUGAGAGGAACAUUCUAUAUUAUGGUUGACUAUACUUGCCUAGUUUAUAAGUAAGUAGCACUCAAGUUGAGAAGGUUUGCAUUUCAUUCUCAGAAAUCUAAAAUCCCUCAAAAAGGACAUGUUUUCUGUGUUUUAUAAAUAGAACAAUGGUCUUGUCUUCAAAAUAUUUUCUCUAGGUGUAACAUUGAAUGCAUGGUGGAUAGAAACUGAAAAUGUAACCUUCUGAAUAAUAACCACCUUUUUUAAUUUUGCAUUUCUCUUAAAAUAUUUAAUUCGUAUAUGUGUAUUUGGUGUGUUUGUGUAUAUGUGUGUUUGUGUUUGUGUGUGAGUGUAAGUGUGAGAGUGUGUGUGUGAGCGUAUGUAUAUAUGUGAGAGUGUGUUUGUGUAUAUGUGAGAGUAUUUGUAUGCAUGUGUGAGAGUUUGUGUGUGUGUAUAUGUAUGUGUGAGAGUAUUUAUGUGUGUGUGUGCGCCUGCUGGAGGAAGCCAGAAGUAGGUGUCAGCUCCCUUGAACUUGGAGUUACUGGUGUUUGUGAUCUGUCCUUCAGCCCUCUUUUUCAUUUCUUUUUCAAUAUGAGAUAAGACAUUUUCUUAUUUUUCUAUUUCUGCAGUUAAGUGCCUCAUUUACUACCUGAAGUUAAAGAAAAACCAUUUCUUGAUGCAAGUACCAAAACUGCUUCACUGCACAUUAAUUUUAGGAAAAGUGGCUGAAAUGUUUGGUUGAGUUUCCCUGAGCAUGGUUCUGGUAGCUUCUUCAAGAUUUAUUUAUUCAUAAUGUAUACAAUGCUCUGUCUGCAUGUAUACCUACAGGCCAGAAGAGGGCAUCAGAUCUCAUUAUAGAUGGCUGUGAGCCACCAUGUGGUUGCUGGGAAUUGAACUCAGGACCUCUGGAAGAGCAGUCAGUGCUCUUAACCUCUAAGCCAUCUCUCUAGCUGCCUCUUCAUCUUUUUUAAAGUGAUGGCAGGUACAGCCAUUUGAUCAACAUUGUCAGUAGAAUUUAUUGUUCUGUUACUCAUUUUUCUAGUCUGAAAAAUGGCAUUCAACAUAUUUUUAUUAAAAACUUGGCAGAAUAUGAUAAUUACUAAUAUUCUGCUUUUUUUUUUUACUACAUUUUACAAGGAUGAGAAUAUGAAGUAGCCUGCUUUGAGCUGUAGAGUAUCUUGAAUGUAGUUAAAAAUACUGUAUAUCAGAAUGUAGAAAAACUAAGGCAUUGUUUAUAUAAUUUAAAGGUAAUUUAUGCAACUAAGGAAUAGUACUUUAUGUGACUGGUUAUUUAUUAGUUUGGUUGGAGAGGGAACAGACCAAGGAGUCUGGGGAGUUGAGCUUUGAACCUGGGCUUUUUUGACAGGAGAGAUUUUGUUUAGUUGUGUUAUUUUGACUCAUAAAGUUCUUUAAUUAUGGAAUAUUUGAUUAUCAGUUGGAAUUACUGCAGAAGCAUAAACUCAUACUAUGUAGCUAGGUAGUGGUAAUAGGGUCGGUGGUGGUGGCAGAGGUGGUAGCAGCUCACACCCUUAAUCCCAGCACUCUUGGGAGGCAGAGGCAGGCAGAUCUCUGAGUUGGAAGAAAGCCUGGUCUACACAGAGUGAGUUCCAGGACAGCCAGGGCUACAGAGAGAGACCCUGUCUCAAAAAAACAAAAUCAAAACCAAAAACAACCCCCCCAAACCCAAAAGCUCAAAAACCUUCAUACCAUCUGAGAAUCAGAAGGAAUCUUAAGAUUAUUUAUUGCUAUUAUUAUUGUAAUUAUUAUUAUUGCUAUAUUAUUAGUUAUUAUUAUUAUAUAAUCCAAAUGAGGUGCUGGUCUCACGUCAGGAAUUGACUCCUUCAUUUUGGAGAAGAAACAGAAACCCAGGGAUGAUAACCACUUGUCUAAGGUUAUAGUCGGCAGUAAACUGUGAAAACAUGUUUCUAUAUUUCAAUCUUUCCUUAUACCUUUUCUGUUAAUAUUUACUUUUAGUGAGUAAGGAAAUCUCUGCAUUUUAAAGAAGAAAAACAGCUUUUAAGAGAGGGCCUUUAAGCUGGGAGUGGUGCAUGCCUGUAAACGCAGCACUCUGGGAGGCAGAGGCAGAGGCAGGUGGAUCUCUGUGAGUUCAAGGCCAGCCUAGUCUACAAAGCAAGUCCAGGACAUCUAAGGCUAUACAGAGAAAUCCUGUCUUGGGAGAGAGAGAGAGAGAAAGAAAGAGAGAAGAGGGCCUUUAAUGGCAGAGUUGUAGCAAAGAGCUAAAAGUUUCAGAACCUUGAUGAAUGUUCUCCAAAACCAAGUGUGACUUCCUUAAAAUUGUUUGUAAAGAGCAAUAAUAGCAGUAGGGAAUGGUGGUGAACACUUUUAUUUUAAAAACAGGGUUUCUCUAUGUAGCUCUGGCUGUCCUGGAACUCACUCUGUAGACCAGGCUGGUCUUGAACUCAGAGAUCUGCCUGCCUUUUCCUCCUGAGUGCUGGGAUUAAAGGCGUGUGCCACCAUAGCCCAUUGUUGGUACACACUUGUAAUCAUGGCAUUAGGGCAUGGAGGUAGGAGGAGUGGGAGUUCAAGGCUACUUGUAGCUGCAUAGUGAGAUUCAGGCCAGCCUGGGCCACCUGGGACUCUGUCUCCAAAAACAGAAAUAGUAAAGCUAAAACUUUAGGAAGGAAUCGCUGUGUCUUAAUCAUGUAUUUGAAGACAGGUAGUGUUAUAUAUUGCCAAAGUAGAUAAAAUUUUCUCAAGAAAUAGUUUGAUGUUUCAUCUUGCCUUUUAUAGAAGAACAGAUGGUAAGAAUUUUACUUUCCUGGUGUGAGAAAGGUCUAAUGACAGGUGAUGAUAUUUAGGUAGUUUACUCGUAUAUGUCUAACUAUAAAAGGACACCAUAAUAUGCAUGUUUUAGAAAAUGUUUGGCUACAUAGUCGUUUAUUUGUAAAUAACUUUGUUCUUUAUUAUAUGUGUGCCAUUCUUGAGUGUAUGUUUUUCCUAGAUUUGUUUUAGGUUAUUUUAAAUAUACAAGCAUUGUAAUAAUGUAUCUUCCUAUUAGCUAUUUAGGACAAGUCUAGUUCUGCUUUUUACAAAUACUUUCAGGAAUGUACAGGCUUUAAAUAUUAUACGAUCUCUCCUGAUAACUUUUUUAUGUAAGAUAUUAAGAUUGGAUUUAUAACAAUAACAUAUUUUUUUUUCCUGAAGUGUAGGAAGGGGAAAUACAGUCGUUGGAUUAGUUCGCAUUCAUUAAGAAAAUGUCUUGGUUACAUGGUUGUUUAAUGUUCUUACUUUGCCACAUCUGUGUUAAAGGGAGUUUAUUGUAGUUAUGUUUUUAACUUUUAAUACAUAGUACUUUUAUUUAUUUAUUUAUUUAUUUUUAUUUUGCUGUUUUUGAGACAAGUCCCUCUAUAAAGCUUUGGCUGUCCUGGAACUCACAGAGAUCUGCUUGCCUCUGUCUCCUGGGUGCUGGGAUCAAAAGCAUUUGCCACCAUGCCCAGUCAUAAUACCCUUAUUCUUGAAGUGAGACAGAAGUAGUUUAUAAGAAACAUUUCAAAUUUUUUAUUUUUUGGAGGUCGGGUGUGUGUGUGUGUCUCACUAUAUUGCCUAGGCUGUUCUUGAACUUCUAGCCUCAAAUGAUCCUCUUGCCUCAGCCUCCAGAGUAGUUGGGAGUAUAGGCGUAAAAACAUUUAAAUUCUAAAUUUUAGUGAUAAAGUCUAGUGUGCCAUAUUAAAAAUAAAAAUCAAGUAAACGAGGCAGUUCUCAUAGCCUUGGAGAGAAAUUGAUCACUGUCUUUUUAGAAUGAGGUGCUUCUAAUCUGUAAAUGGGUAGAAAUCACACUGAAUUUUAAUUCUUUUAUUGGUUUUAGUGGGUAGAAGGAAUCACUCCUCAGAGUAGCUUUGCUAAUAGAUUUCUUUGGACGUUUUUGUAAUAUUUCUCUCUCUCUGUGUGUGUAUCUAGUGCUGGCAUGUGAGGCAGGCACUGUGCCCUGAACUACACUGUAGCCGUAUGUUUCAAAAUAGUGUGAAGGUUGGCAAUAAGAUUUUCAAUUUUUUUUUAUUUAUUACAAUUUAUUCACUUUGUAUCCCAGCUAUAGCUUAUCCUUUAUCCCCUCCCAAUCCCACCCUCCCUCCCUCAUCUCCUCCCAUGCCCCUCUCCAAGUCUACUGAUAGGGGAGGUCCUCCUCCCCUUCCAUCUGACCCUAGUCUAUCAGGUCUCAUCAGGACUGGCUGCUUCAUCUUCCUCUGUGGCCUGGUAAGGCUCCCUCUCCCCAUCAGGGGGAGGCGAUGAAAGAGCCAGCCACUGAGUUCAUGUCAGAGACAGCCCCUGUUCCCAUUACUAGGGAACCCAGGCAAUAAGAUUUUUAAAGUAACUUCAUUUUGUACUAGUUCUCGAUUUUUUUUAAUGUUACUAUAAAUAGUGUAAGACUUAAGGUGGCUGGAAUCUGUUUUAUGAAGGCUUGCUAUUUUAUAUUGUUUGAUUUGUAUUUGAGUUUGGCUAAUUUUAAAUAAAAGCUUUAUACAUUUGG